UUCCGGUUCGCAUUGCGCAGCAGCGGAAGUUCAAACCUGCUGCGUAAUCGUGCCGAUUUAGGCUAUUUUUUGUGUGCUGUAUUCGUUGUUUUAGAUUUUCUGUUAUCGAUCAAUUAUGCCGGAUUAUUUGGGAGGAGAUCAGAGGAAAGUCAAAGAAGAGGAGAAGGAAGAUGGGCCCAUCAGAGCUUUGGAUGAAGGGGACAUCGCGCUGUUGAAAACCUAUGGCCAAAGCACAUACUCCCGUCAGAUCAAACAAGUGGAAGAUGACAUCCAACAGCUGCUUAAGAAGAUCAAUGAGCUGACUGGCAUCAAAGAAUCAGACACAGGCUUGGCUCCUCCGGCGUUAUGGGAUCUGGCUGCUGACAAACAGACUCUUCAGAGUGAACAGCCGCUGCAGGUGGCAAGAUGCACAAAGAUCAUCAAUGCGGACUCUGAGGACCCAAAGUACAUCAUCAAUGUGAAGCAGUUUGCCAAGUUUGUGGUGGACCUGAGUGAUCAGGUGGCUCCCACUGACAUUGAGGAGGGAAUGAGAGUCGGAGUGGACAGAAACAAGUACCAGAUCCACAUUCCUCUGCCUCCUAAAAUUGAUCCCACCGUCACCAUGAUGCAGGUGGAGGAGAAGCCCGAUGUGACCUACAGUGACGUGGGUGGAUGUAAGGAGCAGAUUGAAAAGCUUAGGGAGGUGGUUGAGACCCCCCUACUCCAUCCUGAGAGGUUUGUGAAUCUGGGUAUCGAACCCCCAAAAGGUGUGCUCCUCUUCGGGCCCCCUGGCACCGGGAAGACCCUUUGUGCCCGCGCAGUGGCCAACCGUACCGAUGCCUGCUUCAUCAGGGUCAUCGGGUCAGAGCUGGUCCAGAAGUAUGUGGGAGAGGGAGCCCGAAUGGUCCGUGAGCUCUUCGAAAUGGCCAGGACCAAGAAGGCCUGCCUCAUCUUCUUUGAUGAAAUUGAUGCCAUUGGAGGUGCCCGGUUCGAUGACGGGGCUGGUGGGGAUAAUGAAGUCCAGAGAACCAUGCUUGAGCUCAUCAACCAGCUGGAUGGCUUCGACCCGCGGGGGAACAUCAAGGUUUUGAUGGCCACUAACCGGCCCGACACCCUGGACCCGGCCCUCAUGAGGCCCGGUCGUCUGGACAGGAAGAUCGAAUUCAGCCUGCCAGACCUGGAGGGUCGCACACACAUCUUCAAGAUCCAUGCCCGCUCCAUGAGCGUGGAGAGAGACAUCCGCUUCGAGCUGCUGGCUCGGCUCUGCCCCAACAGUACUGGGGCCGAGAUCCGCAGCGUGUGCACGGAGGCCGGCAUGUUCGCCAUCCGCGCACGCAGGAAGAUUGCCACAGAGAAGGACUUCCUGGAAGCCGUUAACAAGGUCAUCAAGUCGUACGCCAAGUUCAGCGCCACCCCCAGAUACAUGACCUACAACUGAGUCACGGAUCUGCUCCGCAUCCACACGUACCGCUUUCACUUGUGUUGUCAGCAUCGGGAACGUUGAGUUUAAACACAGCGUGCUCCUUUUGUCAACCUCCCUGAUCACUUGGAAAUAAAGAUUCCAGAUGUUUGUGUUCAGUGAGUCUCAAAAAUUGCACCUUUGUUUUGAAACAGGUCUAUUAAAAUGUAAUAACAGAGUA